AAAUGUAUCUGCCAUUAAAACCUUAAUCAAGUGCUCUGAUUUUCUUCUAUGUGUGAAUGUUUUUUAAUUUUGUUUCCUGCAGUAUUAGCUAUUUAUGAUAUUUUUUACAUUCUGAUUUAACAAUUUAUUUUUGGAAAAUAUGAGUGACACACAAUCAGGCAGAGCUAAACGCCAGAAGUUUGAUAAAACUGGACGGUUGUCAGCUUUAGAAAAAUUGAAACAAUUAAAAGGUAGUAAACAUAAAUAUGAAGUUGAUGAAUUGGAAAAUGUUUAUGAGGAAGUCGAUGAAAAAGAAUAUAGCAAAACUGUAAUAGAAAGGCAAAAUGAUGAUUGGAUUAUUGAUGAUGGAGAAAGUGGUUAUAUUGAAGAUGGUAGAGAAAUUUUUGAUGACGAUUUAGAUGAUGAAAGCAUACAAGAAGCAAGAAAGCAUAAAGUUGCAGGCCCUAGAAAAAGCAAGAAAGAUCAUGCCAAAAAGAAAGGAAACAUUCAAAAUAUGUUAAUGAAUAUGUCGUCUAAAAGGAAAACGGAUGCUAAAUUGGACGAUGAUAGUAUUUUAGGAGAUUUAAUGUCUGAACUAAAAAAAGAUGAUAUCCCGACGCAGUCAAAACCAAAAACAGUUUUGAGGAACAAAUUUUGUACUACACCAAAAUUAAGUGAAAAAAAUGUAGAAAAAAAGAUAGAAUUAAUUUCUGGGUAUGAGAAAAUGCAAUGUGAUGAUGAUGAUGAUUUAGUAAUAUUUGAUAAACCAGAAAAGGUAAAAAUGCAUAAACAAGCAGAAUCAAUUACCCAAAUAGAAAACUUUACUUCAAAUGAAAAUAGCAGUCAAACAAUUAUAGAUGAUUCUGAUAAUUCAGAAGUUAGAAUAUUGAGUAUGCAAUCAGAAAAAGAUCUUAAAGAAACAAGCAUCAGUCAAGUAAUUGAAACAGAAAGUGAAAAUCUUGAAGAUUUCUCUGCAGAUUUUGAAGAUGACAGUAUAGAUCACAAUGAAAAGCCAAAGCCAUCUAUUAAUAAAGAAUUUAUAAAAAAUAAAUCAACCAUUCAAAUGAAAAAUAAAGAUGCUGAAGAAGAAAACUUUGAUUUAGAAAAUUUUAAUAAAUCAUUAGAUAUUGAGUUUGAAACACAAAUAUCAAAUAUUGAAAUGCCUACUGAUACUACAGAAGUGCCUUUACCACUUGUAACCAAUGCAAACAAGGAAGAAGUAUUUAGAUUUUAUUGGUGGGAUGCAUAUGAAGAUCCAUAUAAACAACCUGGAGUUGUAUAUUUAUUUGGAAAAGUUUUUGUGCCCUCGAUAAAAGAAUACCGUUCUUGCUGUUUAACAGUAAAGAAUAUUCCACGAAGAAUUUAUCUUCUUCCUAGAGUAUAUGUAAAAACAUCGUUGAAAGGAAAUGAUGAUGAGGAACAAUUAAAUACAAUAGAAGAUGUGUAUAAAGAAUUUAAUCAAUUUGCAAAUAAGUUAGGAAUAAAGGAAUUUCGUAGCUGCAAAGUCUCAAAAAAUUAUGCUUUUGAACAAGAAGGUACUCCAGCAAAGUCUGAUUACUUAGAAGUAAGAUAUUCUGCAAACUACCCACCUGUUCCCUCUGAUUACUCUGGACCAUCAAUAGAAAGUGUUUUUGGAACAACAGUAAAUUCUUUAGAGCUAUUUCUAAUUGAAAGAAAUAUUAAGGGACCAUGUUGGUUAGAUAUUAAGUCUCCAUUACCUACUGGUGUACAAACCAGUUGGUGUAAAAUAAAGGUAAAUUGCAUGAAGAUGGAGAAUAUAUCUGUUUUCUCUGAGUCUCAAACAUUACCACCAUUAGUAAUAACAACACUAAAUAUACGAACAUCUUUCAAUGCAAAAUUACAACAGAAUGAAAUAGUUAUGAUUACAAUACUUAUGCAUCAUAAAUAUCAUAUUGAUAAAGAACCACCAAAACCACCAUUUCAACGACAUUUUUGUUUGAUUACACAUCCACGUGAUACAUCUUGGCCAAGACAAGCACGAGAAGUGCUCUCAAAUAUUUCAUAUACUACAUUAAUGAAAUUUGAAACAGAAACAGAUUUACUCGAAGAACUGUUAAAAAUAAUAAAUACUGCAGAUCCUGAUUUAUUGAUUGGGUAUGAUUGUGGCUUCCAAUUUGAUAUCUUAAUGCAAAGAAUGAUUACAUUGAAAGUUUCAAAUUGGAGCAGGUUUGGAAGGUUAAGACGGUCUAUACCUCCUUUAAUAAGGGGAAAAGUAAAUUUAAAUCAAGCAGCAGCUGGUCGACCUAUCUGUGACAUACAAAUUUCAGCUAAAGAAUUAAAUCUCAAACUUAGAAGUUAUGAUUUGCAAUCUCUUUGCACAGCGGUAUUGAAGAAAAAAGAAAAUGAAUGUAAGGAAAUAAAAUCUGGUGAAUGCGCAUCAUUUUAUGAUACUCCUAAUAAAAUAGAUAAUUUAAUUAAAAUAACAUUAACAGAAGCAUUAUACAUUUUAUCUAUUGUUUUUGAACUUAAUGUUCUCCCACUUGCUUUACAAAUUACAUGUAUUGCUGGGAAUGUUAUGUCGAGAACAUUAACAGCAGGACGUGCAGAAAGAAAUGAAUAUUUAUUAUUGCAUGCAUUCCAUUUGAAAAACUAUAUAACACCUGAUAAACGUGUUACGAAAAAAGGAAAGAAUGAAGAAAAUACUAGUAAAAAGAAAGCGGCUUAUGUUGGUGGCUUAGUUCUUGAUCCAAAAAAGGGGUUUUAUGAUAAACUUAUUUUAUUAAUGGAUUUUAAUUCUUUAUAUCCUAGUAUAAUUCAGGAAUAUAAUUUAUGUUUUACUACUAUACCUGGAGCUGCAUAUGCUGAGUACGAGGAUUUAUCAAUUCCUGAAUCAAAUUUAGAAUUUGGAAUAAUUCCAACUGAAAUUUGCAAAUUAGUUGAAAGUAGAGGAGAGGUGAAAAAACUGAUGAAAACCCCAAAUAUUUCACCUGAAUUAAAGAUGCAAUACAAUAUUAGACAACUGGCUUUGAAACUUACAGCAAAUUCUAUGUAUGGUUGUUUGGGUGCAACUCAUUGUAGAUUUUAUGCUAAAGGACUUGCUGCCUUGGUUACAGCAAAAGGUCGAGAAAUUUUGCAACAUACAAAAAGCCUUGUUGAAAAGUUGAAUUAUGAAGUUAUAUAUGGAGAUACUGAUUCCAUAAUGAUAAAUACAGGUUUAUUAGAAUAUGAAGAAGUGUUUUCUGUUGGAAAAAAGAUUAAACAAGAGGUGAAUAAAUUAUAUAAACGAGUAGAAUUAGAUAUUGAUGGUGUUUUCCGUUAUUUAUUACUUUUACAAAAGAAAAAGUAUGCUGCAGUUAUAAUGACAAAAUUACCUAAUGGGCAAAUAGAGUUAACACAAGAACAUAAAGGUCUUGAUAUUGUGAGAAGAGAUUGGUGUCAAUUAGCUUGUGAUGUUGGAAGAAAAAUUUUGGACCAUCUUCUUUCUGAUAAAUCAUGUGACGAUAGAAUAGAACAAAUUUUUAGUAUAUUACAUGAUGUUGCACAAAAUGUUCGAGAAAAUCAAGUUCCUUUAUCUUCUUUAAUUAUUACGAAACAGUUAUCAAAAAAUCCAAAUGAAUAUCCGGAUACUAAACAAGUUCAUGUCCAAGUAGCUUUAAGAUUAAAUAAAGAAGGUGGUAGAAUGUGGAAAGCUGGAGACACCAUCCCUUAUAUUAUAUGUGAUGAUGGAACAGAAAAAUCUGCAACUGAAAGAGCAUAUCAUAUUGAUGAAUAUAAAAAGAGUGAUUCUUUAAAAAUAGAUGUUAAUUACUAUUUACUGAGUCAAAUUUUCCCUAUCGUUUUGCGAAUUUGCGAACCAAUUGAAGGAAUUGAUGAUGUUUUGUUAGCUAAAUGUUUAGGCUUGGAAAACAUUUAUAAAUCUAGAAGAAUAAUACAUCAAGAACAUGCUGAUAUACCAUUAUUAAUGGAAGAAGAUAGAUUUAGGUAUUGUCUCCCUUUGAAGUUUAAUUGUAGAAGCGAAAAAUGUCAGUCAGAAAUUAUAAUUAAAGAUGUUGUAAAUGAAGAGCUUGGAAAUCGAUUGUCGCUUGCUUCCUGUUCAAAUUCAGAAUGUAAAGUACAACCAUGGACAUAUGCUAAUACAAUACAAAAUGUAGUGACACUUUCUAUACGAGAAUUAGUUAACGAGUAUUAUAACGGAUGUUUAGAAUGUGAAAAUCCAUUAUGUGGUGAUCAAACACAAUGGAUACCAUUAGAUUUCGAGUCACUAUAUCCAAUUUGUAGGAAAUGUAAUGAUGGUGAUUUACAUAGAGUCUUUACAGAUACAAAACUGUAUAAUCAACUGUGUUUUUAUCUGCACCUUUUUGAUGUGAAUCAGUCAAAGUAUAAAAGUUUGUUAUCUCAAUACCCGCAAGGUAUGAGAGAAGCUUAUGAUUCUCUGAAAGAGGCAGUAGAAAAAAUGUUAAGGCGAAAUGCAUUUUCUGUUGUAUGUUUGGACACAAUCUUUUCAAACAAUGAUGAACAAGAAGAAAUAUCGAGUUUAUGUGCAGGUACUUUAGAAAUAUCAGAUGGGUUAGAUAAUGAAGAAAUGGUAGGUAAUAUAUAUUAGAAAAAGUAUUGUUAUAUAAUUUAUUACUAUAUAACAAUAUAAAUUAAAAAUAUUUGUAAUUAAUUACCAAAUACAAAAAC